AUGGCACCUACUCAAGCUUUCAUUACCAGCUAUCCAACCAGGUUGGCCAAAUAUGGCAAUCCCUUCUACACGCCUGUAAUACCGGCUGCGACGAUAGCCCCUGCCUCGAGAACGACCAAGCGCGGGACUACAAUCAUCAACUAUGCCGAUGAUGCCUACGACGAGGACGAUUUUGACGAGAGCGAAGGUCAACGCCGGCCAACGGGUCUGCGGUCGCUACGCCGCGAUGAAGCACAAAACAAGGAUGCUGCAAGUCAGAAGCUUGGAAAGGAGAUAUACCGCCCGGUGGAAGUGCAAGGCAUUUACAGAGAUUGGAUGACCAGGCGUACGGUCAAGCCCACGUAUGACCCCAUAUUCUUGAACCUCUGGAGACGUGAGCCGGAUGAGUUCUCACGCUGUGUUUAUCCCAGGACGGACCAGCAGGUCCACAUACAAUCUCAGCUUCCCCUCACCCUCAUUCCCAUCCGAAUUGAUAUCGAUGUUCCUGCUUCCCAACGUGACCCGCCAUUUCCACUGACGCGAAAUGCCACCGAAGUCGGCUUUCAUUCAGGAAUGGUCGCUUUUCAGAGACCCGAGCCAUCCCCUGCAUACCGGAUUCGUGAUAUAUUCUUAUGGAACCUUCAUGAGUCUCUGCUCACUCCCGAUGAUUUUGCGCAGACUCUUGUUCGAGAGCUCGAUCUUCCCAAUCCGGUAGCGCUUACAAUGUCGAUCAGCAACCAGAUAAGAUCACAGCUUGAAGAAUACGCUGGCACUGCUAUGCACCCUCUCUUCCAUCGUCAGUCCGAACCCGUUACGAAAGACGGUAUUGUGACUACCCAAAAUACUGCGAAUGGUGAUUCAAAUGUUGCUACUCCGAGGCCAUCUCUAGCUCCUCCACCUUCACGUCCCUCUUCCGUGACACCCGGUGCCACAACCCCUCUUCCUGAUGCCCCGACCUCUCAUCUGAACAAUACGGGUAUAGUUGCACAAGCGUCAGUCAUACCAGCUGAGCCGUCACUAGAUCCUAUGAUGCAAGACACUCCUAGCCAAGACUUCGACCCCUUUCUCAACCCGGACGAUACCUACCGGUGCUGGAUUAGCCUCACAAUAUCACUUUCUUCCCGAUUGUACACCGAUAAGUUUGAGUGGUCAUUAUUGCAUCCCCCAGGCUUUGCUGAGGUGUUUGCACGUCAAACAUGUGCUGAUCUAGGACUUAAUGGGGAAUGGGUUCUAGCUAUCACUCAUGGUAUCUAUGAGGCUGUGCUGAAGUUGAAAAAGGAGACCUUCGAACCAGCCACGCUCACCUCAGGAGGAGGUGUAUGGACUCAGGAUGGUAUUGACAACCAGGCAGUAAGGGAUGAGGAAGGGGCUGGUUGGAGAUACGACGCGGAGGAUUUUGGGGCAGAAUGGGAGCCUAGGGUGGAGGUAUUAAGCAAGGAAGAAAUCAAAAAUCGGGAAUUCGCCAGGGAGCGGCAGCUGCGGAGGGUCCGAAGAGAGACCGCUAAAUUCAGCUCUACAACCGGUAUGGUUUCGAGUACACGGGAACAAGAAGCUCAAUCCAGAGGUAGCUAUUUCGAUCCCCCGGGCGGUAUGGCAGGUGGUGAUAUUGACACCCCCAACAUGGGUAGAGGAGAGCGAAGCAAGAAGAAGAGACGGUUCCGUUCGCUGAGUCCGGUUGCAAAAGCUCUUGCCACUCCAGGAGAAGUUGCUAAUGGGCCUACUACUGCUUGGGCCGGUCCGGAGAGCAAGCUUCAGGAAUAUGAGAGGCAGAACUGGAGAUGCAGCUGGUGUCAUGUGUGGGGCGCCGGUGUCUGGGCUGUUCGUGACGGGCCUGCUGGUCCACGGACACUCUGUAACAACUGUGGCUUGCUGUACGAAAGGGAUAAGAAGCUCCCAGUAUGGUCAGAACAACUGCACAAGCAUGACAUACCAGUUGGACGGUAA